CUCCAUGCCCGCUCGCAAACGCGCGCGCCGCGGGGGUGGCUUGACGCCGGCCGGGGAGCGUCCGCUCCUGGUUCCGCUGAACGACCCGGACGGUUCCCACCCCACGCUCCGCGCUCUCGCUGAGCAGUACCGCGCGCAGCAGCUUUGCGACUGCACUGUCACGGUCGAUGGCCGCGCCUUUCUGGCGCACCGCUGCGUGCUCGCGUGCUGAUGCUUUCCGGUGGGUCCGCCUCGUUUGCCGACUCGCAGAGCGCCGCGCUCGAGCUGCCGGAGCUUUGCGCCACCUGCUUUGAGGCGGCGCUCGAAUACGUCUACACGGGCUCCUGCUCGAUCGACGAGGCGGGUCUGCAGACCUUGUUGGAAGUGGCCGGGCGGCUUCAACUCGCGUCGCUGCAAGGCGUCGUCGCGGAGGCGCUGGAGGCGCGGCUCUCGGUGUCCAACUGCGUCGAGACGUGGAGCUUCGCCUCAGACGCAGCGCUGGUGCGGCUCGAGGCGGCGGCGACCGCCUUCGUGCUCAAGCACUUUGUGGAGGUGUCGCUCGGCGCCAGCCUCUCGCCCGAGAUGAUGGGCGUGCUGCUGCGCAGCGAGGACAUCGAGGCCAGCGAGGAGGCUGUCUUCUCGGCCCUCGUGCGCUGGCUCCGCGCUCAGCCCGAGUCUGCGCGCGAGGAGGGCGCGGUGGCGGCGCUGCUGGAGCACGUCCGCUUCGCGGCGAUGGACCAGAAGUUUGUCCGCGAGACCGUCGAGCAAGAGCCGCUGAUGAAGAAUGUCCCGGCACUCACGGUGCUCGCGCAGGCGCUUCGCGAGGGGCUGUCAAAGGAGGGGACGGCGCGGAGCCUGCCUCGCCUUCCACAAGGGGGCGAGUGGGUGAUCGAAGCACCAGGUGCGAUCGCGGCGGUGGAUGGCAAGACGCUGACGUUCCUCAGUCGGCAAGACGAUGAUGACGACGACGACAACGAACGCAGUCGGAACGGUUUGGUGCGUCUGAGCGUGCCAUUGGCCGCGGGGCGCUACGAAGUGCGCUUCAAGCUGCUGGAGGAUGAGGUGAGAGGCGAUAAUGCGCGCUGCGGCUUCGGACUGAUCAAGGAGGGAGCUUCUGAGGCAUUUGAGCUUCAGCCCUGGUCCCACGGUUUUGGCGUGCAGAAUCUUUGGUGGCUCCGGCGCUUCGAGCGCACCGUCUACAGCGAGUGGGAGACGUCCGGGAAUUUUGAUGAUGAGACAAACCACCAACCGUACCAGCAGUUCCCCAUCCCCUCGGAUGUCCGCAUCGUGGUCGACAUGGAUGCGGGCGAGGCUACCUUCUACGUCGACGAGGUCGAGAUCCCGCACAAGGCGACGGGCAUCACGGGGGCCGUCUUUCCGUGUGCCAUGGCAUACAAAAUGGAGAACUCUCUGGGAAACACCAACGUCGUUGUGUCGUUCGCGGGCGUGCGGCGGCUGUAGCGCGUUUUGCGAUGCCAGCCGCUAACCGCGCGAGGGCGCGGGUAUUUUGCUUUUUUCCGCGGUUUGGGGCUUGC